AAAAAUAUAUAUCAACAAUGACAUAACUAUGUGAUUACUCGACACAUUGACACUGUCGAAUCCGGAAGAAAAAAAAAAGAGGUGAAGGGAAUUUAUAGAGAGAUUUUGAAUCUUUUAGGGAAUCGACUCUCGUGAGAUAAGUUAUGUUAGAAAUUUCAACAUGAAAAAUGUUAGCUCUUUGACAAAAAAAAAUAAAAAAUGUUAGCUCCAUUUUUUUUUCAAAUAAACCCCUAACUUAUAGAAACACAUCAACGUCUUGUUUGUUCCUAGAAUGCAAAUGCACUCCAUUAACUCAAUCUUAAAAUGAAAAUUAAAAACUGUAUGCAUCAGAUUUUGGAUAUGAAAAUAUUGUUUUAGUGUGAACUAAAGAAGUUUGUGCAAUCUUAUUCAAAUGGAAUAAGAAGAGUAUACAUCGAUUAUAUACAAGUAAGGAAUGAGCUAUUGUUCCUAUAAUCAAGUACUUAUAAUCUUGGUUUUCAUAACUACAAAGAUACGCAGAGAUACAGGAAAAUAUCGUGGGAUAUUCCAAUACGCCCCUUUAAGUCGGAUUGUUGGAGGUAAUUCCGAGCUUGACGCAGAGUUCUUGGAAUGCCGUGUGUGGUAGUGGUUUGGUGAAUGCGUCCGCUAAUUGAUCCUUUGAGCUAACAUGAGAUACUCGUAGCAUACCAUCCUCAACUUGGCUGCGAACAAAAUGGUAGUCGAGUGCUAAGUGUUUCAUGCAUGAGUGGAAGACCAUGUUGGCAUUGAGAUACUGUUCCGAUAUUGACACAAUACAUAGUCGGCGUGGAGGAGGACGAGUAACCAAGCUCACCAAGCAGCGGGACCAGCCACCGAAUCAGAGAGGCAUUGGCUAUCAAACGGUAUUCAGCUUCCGUGGAGGAGCGGGAGUGACCGGCGAGUUUCUUGGAAGACCAAGAUAUUGGAUGACUUCCAAGGUAGACGAUGCCCAAUCAACAUCACUGAAAGCAUGAAGGUUCGGAAUAUUGGACGAAGUCAGAGUGAUACCAAGGUGACGAGUUCCAACCAAGUAGUGGAGAAUACACUUGACUGUUGUCCAGUGAUUAGUCGUUGGAGAAUGCAUAAAUUGUGAUAGCUUGUUCACCGCGAAGCUAAUAUCCGGACGAGUGAGUGACAAGUAUUGCAAGCUUCCAAUGACAGCUCGGUACUCUGUGGGUUCGGCCAAGGGAGAGUCGGACGUUAAAGUGAGUCGCGACUUCGAUACCAUCGGGGUUGCCACUGGUUUAGAAUCGAACAUGUUUGUGCGGGCGUGUAGAUCAUUAAUAUACUUCCUUUGACCAAGAAAUAAACCAUGCUUUGAUCGUGUUGCCUCAAUACCCAAGAAGAAGGAUAAUGCUCCUAGAUCCUUGAGUGAGAACCGUGCCACAAGUGUGGAAAUAAACUCAUCAAUCCGAGUCGAGCAGCUUCCCGUGACUAUCAAGUCAUCAACAUAAACCAAUACAAAGAGAUGAGUCGUCGGAGUCCAUAAUAUGAAUAAGGAGGUAUCAGCUAGUGAAUUUAUAAACCCUUGAGCAAGAAGAAAAGUCCGAAGUUCUAAAUACCAAGUUCUUGGAGAUUGUUUGAGACUGCAGAUUGCCUUAUGAAGCUUACAAACAAAAGUGGGACGAUCCUUGUCAAUAAAACCCGUUGGUUGGCUCAUAUAGACUUCCUCCGAUAGUCGCCCUUAGAGAAAGGCAUUGUUGAUGUCGAGUUGCUUGAUUUUCCAAUCAUUUGUCACAACAAUGCUAAGAAUGAGGCGAAUCGUAGAUGGCUUGACCACUGGACUAAAAGUUUCUUGAAAAUCCACACCCGGUCUUUGAUGGAAGCCCUUUGCUACAAGGCAGACUUUGUAGCGGUCUAGAGAACCAUCAGGAUUUUUCUUGAUGCGAAAAACCCAUUCGCACCCGACAAUAUUGGUGAUGUUAUCCGAUGGUACCAAUUCCCAUGUACCAUUGCGGACUAGAGCAUUAAAUUCAUCACUCAUGGCUUGACGCCACUUUAAGUCCUUUAAUGCUUGUCCAACCGAUGUAUGUUCCCUUCUAGAAUCAACAACCGAGGCCACAGGUGUGAGUUUCUGAACAGGUUUGGAGAUGUAAUUUUUACCUCUAGUUAUCAUAGGAUGUCUGUAUCGGACAUGAGACAACGGCUGAUCAGCGAUAUCCGGAGAUGUGUGCGGCUCGGAGAAUGAUAGUAUAGCAGCUUCAGCAACAACGAGGUCGGGCAGGAGCAUUUCCAAUGGUCAUGACGGUGAUGAAUCCGCACACAGGGGUAUCGAAGCCGGAGAGUGAGGAAUCGGAGACAGAGCUAUAAGUGACGACGGUGUGUAAGGCGAGACUGUAGACACAAAGGACUCAAUGUUUGGGGAGGACUCAUCGGGAAUAGGAGAGCUAGAUUCAUAUAUCGGGACGGCGAAUGGAAAAUGACUCAUGGAAAAUCAUAUAAUGGGAGACAAACAUUGGGGAACGAGAGCGAUCAAGACAAAAAUAGGCGCUUUGGGUAGACGAGUAUCCUAGGAAGAACGGGCCGAUUUUGGUUCAAACUUGUGGGAAUUAUAGGGUCUUAACCAAGAGUAGCAUAGACAACCAAAAACUCGGAGUUUGUUGUAAUUUGGUGAACUUUCGAAUAGUGUUUGAAACGGGGAUGGCAUUUGGAGAGUGGGAGAUGGUAAGCGAUUUAUGAGGUAGACUCCGGUGAUGAAAGAAUAAGACCAAUAGGUUAAGGGCAUAGACACUCGGUGGAGAAGGGAGAGACUGGUUUCAACCACAUGUCUAUGUUUACGCUCAGAAAUGCCAUUGUGUUCGGGAGUGUGGGGAGGGGUUGUGUAUAGUGUGAGAUGCCGUGAGUGGCAAGAAUUGACGCUAGGGCGAGAUAUUCACUACCAUUGUCAGAGUAAAGUGUUGUGAUUUUAGUUGAGAAUCUAUUUUCCUCGAGGACUUUGAAUCGAAUAAAAGUAUCACGGACUUGAGAUUUUUGUUUAAGUGGAUAAAUCCAUGAAUAACGGGUGAAGUGGUCGACAAAGGGAACGUAACCAUCAAUAGAAAUAAUCGGGGAGGUCCCAACAUCCAAGUAUAUAAUAUCGAAAGGGCGAGUCGACGAUAAGGUUGAAACAGAAAACGAGACUUUAUGACUUUUAUUGAUCGAACAUGAAUCACAAGGUAAUGGAGAUGAGUCCCGAGAAAAUGGCAAACCAAAUGUAGAGACAAUGUUUUGGAGACUAGAACUAGAGGAAUGACCUAAACAAUGAUGUCACUCGGACAAAGUAGACUUAAGACACGUAAAAGCUUUGGGAGACAACGACAAAGAAGAGGAGACCGGCCACUCAUAGGCACCGUCUCUAGGCUUUCCGGUUAGAAUUGGUGCCCUCGUGCUUAGAUGUUUCAUUUGAAAAGAGUAAGAAAAAAAUUCCACUGACACAUCGUUAGAGUUGCAUAACUGAUUUACCGAAAUAAUAUUCUUCUUCAUAGACAGUACGCAUAACACAUUCUUAAGAGAGAGAUGACGAGAGGAAGAGGGCAUAGAAAGGGAACCAGUAUGAGUGACGGCUAGGGCAGAACCAUCACUGAGAACAACAUCAUCUCCACCAUUGUAGGGUUGUGCAACACCAAGUUCUGAAGAUUCGACGUAAUGUGGUGAGAAGCACCACUAUCCAUCAGCCAUAGACCAAAAUCAAAGGGAGAGAGAGCUAUGUGGUUGGCUCUCGGCUGCCACGGGCAAGGAGAAGAUGACCAGGGGGAUCCGGCUUAAUCAGAAGCAGAGAUCAGUCGAUAUUGAGUGCAGCGCUGGGCACUAUGCCCAUGAAUGGCGCAGGCUUGGCAUCGACCAUUGUAGCCAUGCGACCGACCACCAUUGCCUCGUCCGUGUGGUGAACGAUUCUAGUUACUGGGUGUUCCAUCAUUGUCGCGGAAGGGCUGAUUGGGACGAGAGUCUAUAGCAUUGGUUGUGACGGAAAAAAUCGAGGAGGCUGAUACGGCGGCCGAGGCAAGCUUGGCUUCAUGGUUAAUGAGCUUCUCAUGAAGCUCUUGAAUCGGAAUGGCAACAUCUUUAGCGUGAACCACAUAUCGACUAUGGGUUUGUAGUCUUCGGGAAUACCAUCAAGGAUGGAUUCGAGGAUACCUUCGAGAUCCAUUGGUUUGUUGAGAUGGACCAGCUCAUCGGACUUGGAGACAAUGUAUCUGAUGUACUCAUCGAUUGAUUGAGUACAUUUGACAAACUUCUUAAUCUGGUCGCGAAGUUGGAGUAGAUGGCCAUGAGAAGCUUUCCCGCAGGUAUUGACAAGGAUUUUACAUGCAUCUCGAACAUACGGAGCACGAGUAAUCAUCGGUUGCAGAUUCACCGAGAUGGCACCGAUGAUGGAACUGAACGACAACGUGUCUUGUUUCUUGAACGGUGUGAACGCGGGAUUCGGAACGAGCAAAUCAUUCGCUAGGAUCAUGGCGGGUGGAACAGCGGUGUCAUCGAAGACAAAACAGUCGAGUUGAUGUCCCUUAAGGAGCGAGGACCUGAAUACUCUAGGUUAUGUAGUUCGUAAGAGUUAACUUGGUGAUGUUCGCCAUUUGACGUUGAGCAGCGUCGCUUGUGGAUCAGCCGGAUUAAAGGACGUUGCAGUGACAGAGGCAGUGGCGGGAGAGUUGGCAGUCGCCGGAGCAGGGGCUUCAUGCUGAGACAUAAUGUCGGGUUGACGUUAGAACGUCGUCGGAGAUGCAGGCGGCUAGGGUUUAAAAAAAAGGAGAUCGUGAGAUCAAUAACCUCUAGAUACCAUAAAGAAGUUUGUGCAAUCUUAUUCAAAUGAGAGGAGUAUACAUCGAUUAUAUACAGGCAAGGAAGGAGCUAUUGUUCCUAUAAUCAAGUUCUUAUAAUCUUGGUUUCCAUAACUACAAAGAUACGCAGAGAUACAAGAGAUACAGGAGAAUAUCGUGGGAUAUUCCAAUAUGAACAUCACAUUCGUGCCUUGGACUACCACUUUGCAUUAUGCUGAAGUGGCGACGGGUGAUGAUUCACUGUGCUGCAACACUCAUCCGAAGUUUGGGAAAUGUCAGACAAGUCACGAUGAAGAAAGAUGCAACCAGUGGUGUCUCAAAGGAUGUUCGAACCAGAAAGGCGGCUUUUGCAAACACGUUUCUCAUGGCAAACAAUGCCACUGCUACUGCUAAGAACCAAACAACAAUACUAUUUUUAUUUAUGAAAAAUAUGUGUGCUUUAAUUAUGUUAUGUAUUACAUAUCUAUGGUUCAAUCUGAUAUGGCUAUGAACAAUUCGUGAAUAAAAAAAUUAUU